GAUAUGUGAGAAUGCUUCUUUUGGCUGUAAUCCACCAUGCCAACUCUGUUAUAAACUUUCAUCACUUCAUCUGUGACAAGACUUAUAGUACAAUAAACACGGUGUCGCCAUGGUGAUUUCAGUCAGAAUGGCUCUUCUUCCUUUGAUCUUUCUGCUCACCAUUGAGAGGGUUUAUAGUGCUGCUGAUUGGGGUGUGAGUUACACCCCUUCAUACAUCUGUGCACUAAAGGGGUCAUCAGUGAUAAUGUCCUGCACUUAUACAUUCCCUAAUGGAUAUACGAUCAAGAAAGUGUUCUGGACCAAAACUGAUGUUCAAGUUAAUAAUGAGUUUCCAGAUCUGUCUAAUGACCCUGAAUACAGUCAGAGGAUUCAGUAUCUGGGAGAUAAACAGCAGAACUGCACCAUCAGACUGAAUGAUGUGACACAGAAGGAUUCACACGAGUACUAUUUCAGAUUCAUUACUGAUAAACCUGAUGGGAAAUGGUUUGGUAAACCUGGAGUGACUCUAAAUAUCACAGAUCUUCAUGUGGAGUCUCCUGAGAGCGUGACAGAGGGAGAUACAGUCAGUCUGACAUGUAAAAGCACCUGUAAUCUGUCUGACAGAACAACAUUCAUCUGGUGGAAAAACACACAGUCAUUAACUGAGAGAAACAAUAAACUCCUCCUGCAGUCAGUCAGAAGAGAGGAUGCAGGCAGAUAUAGCUGUGCUGUACACGGACACAAACUCACAUCACCUCCUGUUUAUCUCAAUGUCACAUACUCACCCAGGAAUGUCUCAGUGUCCAUGAGUGGAUCUGGUGAAAUAGUUUUGGGUGAUUCAGUGACUCUGACCUGCAGCUGUGAUUCAAACCCACCUGUUCUGAACUACACCUGGUUUAAGGAGAAAGAAAGCUCAGCUGUUGGAUCUGGACAGAGUUACAGUGCACUACAGAGUGGAUUCUUCUACUGUGUGGCUCAGAAUCAACAUGGAUCUCAGAGAUCAGCUGCUGUACAAGUCACUGUUAAAGGAAGAAAAGACACAGACCUGAUGAUAUCAUACAAAAGCAGAAUUAUCUUUUCAAUGUGACGAGGAUGGCCCAAAUCCCCGAUGUUGGUGAAUCGGCUGAUUGUGAUGCUCACUAUGCAACUGUUACACCCAACUGGAGAGAUCACACUGCAGGAAAAGCUCCUGAAUCCAGAGAUACUGAGGAGAUCCAGUAUGCAACUGUCCAACAUUUCAAAAACAAGAUGAAGAGACCAGAAGAGACUGAAACCCAUUAUGGCAACAUUAGAGAUCACCAGCCUGAUGCUGCUAUUGGAUCUGCUGUUCAAAUUGUGGAAGAUCAAGCAGUGAUUUACAGCACAGUCAAAUGAUCAGUGGAUCAGUUUAGGAUCUUCAAACCUGGAAAGAAAAAUCCACAAACUUCUGGUUAAAUCCAGACACAGCAAGAUUACAUUUUUUUCUAAUUUAAUAUUAAAUGUUGCAAUG